AUGUCAAAAAGAGUAAAUUAUUAUGAAGUUUUAGGAGUUCCACAAGAUGCUGAUAUAAGUGUAAUCAAAAAGUCAUAUAGAACAUUGGCCAUGAAAUGGCAUCCAGAUAAAAACCCUAAUAAUAAAGCAGAAGCUACUGAAAGAUUUAAGCAAAUUUCCGAAGCGUAUGAAGUGUUGUCUGACCCGAAAAGAAGAAGAAAAUAUGACUUGUACGGAACGGAUGAAAACUACAUGGCAGGGGAUAACGACGAAUUUUCUAAUUUUCAUAAAAAUUUUGGUUUUAACGAUGCUCAAAGAAUAUUUGAAAUGUUUUUUGGAGACUCCACUCCGUUCGGUAAUGACUCCUUUUUCAGUGAUGUAAUGGGUUCAUCUUUUGUCGAUAAAAGAAGAGGAAGAGCAGGUAGAUCGAAUGACCCUUUUGAUAAUUUUUUUGGUUCAUCCUUUAACAUAUCCUUUGGAUCGCCUUCUUUUGACAACUUUAUGGAUGGGGGAUCUUGUUUUACAUCCGUCGAAACAUCAACAUCAAAUGGAGGGAAGUUCAAAAACCGAGUUGUGAAAACCUCCACUUCAAAAACAACUUCCAUUGUUAACGGAAAAAGGGUUACACGAAUUGAAACUGUUAAAACUUUGCCCAAUGGCACUGUUGAACGAACUGUCACAGAACGGGAAGAAGAUGGACGAGGAAAUGUCAACGUAAGGCAGUUACCAGCGCACGAGUUAAAGAGAAACAAGAGAUGA